AUCUUUACAUCACAUGGAUCCAUCUCUCGAUUUGUCUCUUUCUGUCCUCUCUUCUCUUCCUAAAUGUUCUCCCUAUACUGUCGGAAUCACUAUUUACCAACACUAGCCCUUUCAGAAAAUCCUGUGAAAGAGCCCUCUGCUCCAGUGACUAGUGCUGUGAGUUCCAAAAGGACAGGCCCCAUACAUGAGCACACACAGCCCCCACCCAACCCCAUCUACAGUGCAGGUUUCAGAGAAUGCAUCUCCCGCCUGGGCAACUACAUUGACAGUGUGGAUCCCUCCCAGAAAGAGAGCUUUGUCCAGGAACUGAGGGACCACCUGGAUGCCCACAGUGCCUGCCCUCUGGGGAGGGUGCAGAGCCAGACAUUUCCCCUGGACCUCCAGCCCUGGGGCUCUGGAGCAGAAGGACAAUGCUUACUGGGCAGAGUUCAGAACAGGAAGGAAAGCACAGUGAUGGGUCAUCAACGAGCCAGCAGGGAGGCCACCUUCCCCUACAUCAACACCUCUCUUCCCAUCUAUCCCAAAACCUUUGUACUCCACCACCCCCACCCUACCCAACACCUCUCACACCCAUACCCAUCUCCUCCUUACUCUCUCUCCCCCCCACCCUCCCCUUCUUACUCCAGCUCCUCGACACCUUUCACCAUUACCUCUCCAUACCUCUCCAUGCCCUGCCACUUCCCCUUCCCUCCUUCUCCCUCUGAACAUCGAUCAGAUUCCUUGUCAUCCUCUUCUCACUCUACAUCUCUGCUUGUGGCGCCUCUGGUACCAGACAAUCCUCCCCUGGGUUCCAGUAUCCCCACCCCUCUACGUCCCUCUGGCCCUGUGCCCGACGGCCCAACAAGGACUCUGAGGCGGUCAUUCUUUCAGAUCCAGCCCCAGGCAAUAUGGAGGCCCUGGCCCUGAUGUCCAGUGGAGGGUCAGUGAAAUCCACCAGGACACAUACAGGUCUCCACAAUCUGUGUUCUGAGAGCAUCUGGCCAUCCAGAUCAUCACCGGACGUGUUCGGGACAACAUUCAUCUUUCCUAUCAAGCAGCGCGUGGUGGUGCCGGCUAAGAUAGAAAGAUGUGGAGGUCAAGGACAAUCAAAAGUUUUCUGACAACCUGUCACUGUCACUUUAAAAGGCCUUUUAAGA